AAAUAAGUUUCCGAAAUGUUGAUGCGGUUCAAUUUGGACGAGAAGUAUCGUCACUACAAGAAGGACUCGCGGUUCGUGAUGGACCUCUACACCAUCACCUACGACACGCACGAAAAGCUCGAAAAUCUGCCAGAACUUCAUGACAUUCAUACAAAGUGAUAACAGUGUGCAAAUUGUUCCUGAAAUUUGCUUGGAUGCUACCAGAAAAUUUUGCUACUGGCCAGCCGGACCCAAAGCAAAUAAAAUUGCUUCCAAGUUAAUUAGUCAACUUGCUGCUCCACAAGAAAAUUGGCAACUGCAUCCGAUUCAACUUAAACGUAGCAAUGUUCGAGAUUUGAAGGAAGGAAAAGCCCUAGAAAAACGUGCGGAGGAGGAAUCAAAUCUCGAGUCGUCAUCGGAUCAUUCUGGGGGGACAUCUUCGCGAAAGAGAAAGAUAUUUGAAAGAAAGAUAAGCAUAAAAAAGAAUAAGGGGAAUGAGAUAUCGUUAGAGGAGGAAGACAAUCUGAGGUUAUCGCCCGCAUUACCAUCAGACGAAGAUGAAGGACCUACAGAUCACGGGUCAUUUUUGGAAUCAACAACCGUCACCACUCCUCCCGAAUCUGUGCCAGUGAAUUCACAAAUAUUUUCGCCUCCGGGGGAAUCACAAGUUAUCAAAAUUUCUGUAUUCCAAACUGAGGAAGACUUUAUUGUGAACAAUUCAGCCGACGGCGAUCUGGGCCAAGAAUCUGAAGAAGGAAAACUACCACCUGGGACAACUCUGCUAACUUUGUAUACACGGCAGAUCGCGCUCGAAAAAUAUCUGCUCACUACCGUCCGUGAAUUAAAGGAUGAUAUUCAAGAGCUACUUAUUCGAACUAAAUCGACCUCAACUAGGGUGCAACUCAAUGUCCCGGUAAAAUUGCCACUUGAAUCUCUGACGGAUAUGAGAAGCUUGGAACACUGGAUGGCUGAUAACAAUCAUAAAACCAGCUUGGUUGACAUGUUUUCAUCCUUUGGGGGCAAGACACCACAGAAAGUUGUCACUGGAAUUCUGCAACGUCUAUUCUCAAAAGAAUUAGCGGUGCAAACAAAUUACAUUGGGGUUCACAAUAAAAUUUGCUUCAAAAGUUCUCCAUUAGCUGCUGCGGUUCUAGGCAUGUGUAAUAAUAUUGCACACAUGAGAAUUAAUUUACACUAAGCGGAAAGAAGCCAUGAGUACAACUGUAAUUCAGAUAAUAAGUUUUUUUGCUGAUAACUAGACGGAGCUUUGGAAAAUCCAGUUUGCCGUGCUUCCAAGACGUCAGAAAUUGUUGCCUUCAUUCAGACUUGGCUUCAAAAUUCUCGGCCGCCGAAAUCCCAACAGUCACCAGAUAAUAACUCAUCCUAAUGUCGUCAUAUCGAUCCAAGCGCCGCAGAAUCAUCAAGGAUGUUCAGUCCACUAUUAAUUCGUUAAGUAAAAUAAGUCCUGAAGUUUUGGUUACUCCAUUAAGAAGUGUGCCAUCCUAUAAAUAUGAUUUUUCUUUGGGUAACAGCAAUAUUCACAGUCUAGAAAAUGUAGUAAGUCCUUCAAUUGAGUUGACACCAUCGUCAGCUUCUUCUCAAGUUAGCCUGAAACAUGCAUUAUCGCAUUGGGCAAUUUCAUUUAACAUAUCUCAUAACGCACUAGAUUCUUUAUUGCCAGUUUUAAAUAAUCAUCUUCCGGACAAUGAAAUUCUUCCCGUAUGCGCCAAAACAUUAUUACACACUCCGAGAAAAAUAACCGUGACUUCCAUUAAAGGGGGGAAAUUUAGUUAUUUUGGUAUUAAAGAUCAAAUUCUUAGGGUUAGUUGUUCUAGUUUUAGAAAUGAAUGUAAAUAUCCCAUUUUAAAAACAUUUGUAAAUUUAAAUGAUUCAAAUGAUUUAUUGUCAAUAACUGUAAGCACGGACGGAUUCCCAGUGUGUAAGAGUAGCAAUACGCAAAUGUGGCCAAUUUUAUUUACAAUUGACCAAGUCAAAAAUAUGUCCCCAGUACUGGCCGGUUUAUUUUGCGGCGAGAGUAAGCCAUGUUGUGUUAAAGAAUUUUUAAAACCAUUUAUUGAGGAGGUUAGAGAUUUAGAAUUAAAUGGGCUCACUGUUGAUUCUGUUAAAUAUAGAUUUCGAAUAAGUGCAAUUAUUGCAGAUGCGCCUGCGCGUAGUUUUAUUAAGGGGUGCAAAGGGCAUAAUGGUUAUCAUUCUUGUGAGCGCUGUAUUGACGAAGGUGAAUACAAUGGGCGAAUUAUUUAUUCUGUUAAGUCUAGUACGCUUCGAUCUGAUGAAUCAUUUAGGGCGAAACUUGACAUUGAUCAUCAUGUGUACGACUCACCAUUGGCGAUACUUAAUGUUGGAUUGGUUAGUCAAGUCGUUAUAGACUCAAUGCAUUGUUUUUAUUUAGGAAUUAUGCGUAAACUCUUAAAUAUUUGGAUUUCUGGGCCCAUAAAAAAUCGUAUGCAAUCUAAGAAAGUUUUCGAAAUCUCGGACUAUUUAUGUCGUAUUUCCAAACAUGUUCCUUACGAAUUUAACAGGAAGCCGCGCUCAUUAAAAGAUAUUAACAGGUUCAAAGCUACAGAGUUCAGACAACUUUUAUUAUACACAGCUCCAAUGGCCUUUCGUGGCAUUCUUUCUGACGAAGCCUAUAUCCACUUUCUAAAGCUUCAUUCAGCUGUAUAUAUUUUAUUAUCUAACAACGCUCAUGUGGAUGAGUGGAAUAAUUUAGCAAAAAGUUUAUUAGAAAAAUUCGUUAGUGACAUGAAAAAUAUAUACGGAGCAACACAAAUUGUCUAUAAUGUACAUAGCCUGUUACAUAUUUCAGAUGACGCAAAACUUUUCGGUAGUUUGGAUAACGUUAGCGCAUUCCCAUUCGAAAAUCAUUUGCAGUUUUUAAAAAAACAAGUCAGAGGGAAAAAACUUCAGUUGGAGCAAAUAGUUAAACGAGUGGAAGAAGCCCGUAAUUCUGAUUAUUUGCAGUCAAAGUCCGCCAGAUGCAAAAAUUAUGUACAAGGUAAAAAUAAAGUAAUCCGGCGAUAUUGUUUAGAAAAAUUUAGCAUUGGUACAAAGUUUGGUGAUAAUUGCUUUCUGGAUGGGGAAAUGAAUAUAGUUCUCGUUAAAUCAAUAACAAUUGAUGACAUAGGUAAACCUAACUUCAUUUGUCAAAAAAUUCUUACUCGAAACACUGUGGGUAUGUAUCCGAUUAAGAGUAGCAAAUUAUGUAUCUAUAAAUUGUCGUUAAAUUUAUCUAAUGAUUUUGUACUUAAUAGUAAUUUGUUGUUUAUGAAAUGCGUUUUGUUACCGUAUAGAUUAGAUUCUAGUUGUUACUAUUGUAUCCCGAUGUUAAAUAAUUACAUUAAUCCUAGCCGUAAUGGAGUUUUGUUAACUUAACUUGUAUAGCGUAAUUUUUUUUGAUUAUUGAAGAGAUAAUAAAUAUGUACAGAUUUGAAAACAA